UUUGAUAUGUUAUACUCUGCAACAGAUGACGUUCGUUCAUCGUGUCUAAGUACUCUCCGUGGUAUUAAAACGACAAAGGAUUAUUAUGCUAUCAAGUCUGUCUUUGCCAUUGGACCUUUCAGUAUCCUACAUUUAAAUUCGAAUAAAUUGACCACAUCACUAUUCAACGUUAAUGAACCAUUCCAGAACCCAAACUUUACUUGGAAGCAAGUGCAGUUUCUAUACAAAGAAUUCGCGGAUGAAUACAAGUUAACCAUUGACCAGGAGCUACUUUCAGAGGGAAGGCACUUGAGUUAUGACAUAUGGCAACGUUUCACCACCUUCUCAUUAGGAAAUGAGGUUUUAGAGUAUUCGACGUUUAUAAAGAUGAAAAGUACCCUUUUGAGAGAUGAUACUGAUAUAAAACAAGCAGUGAGACUCCUCCGGACCGAUUUCUUGGCGAAUUUUGACCCUGUACAUGCUGGGAUGCAAAACGAUCUAGCUAUGUUUCUCACAACAGAAGGAGUUCUGAUCCCUGGAGAAGAUGCUGGAACAUAUAAACAAAUAGUUCCUAAAGUAUUUCCGACUUCUCCUAAAGUAGAAGUUCCCUAUCAUCCUUCAACGGGUGUCUUAGACAUUCUUACGACCUUGACACAAGUUGUUCGUGUAUUUGAUCAAGAAACAAUAAAAUCCAACAACUCUUUUAAAAUAGCACAUGUGCCGGUUAAUAAUGCAAAUAAUAGAGAAGUUCCUAGGGAAUCGGUUUAUGACGCAGAACUUUACCGGGUCAUGUCUAAUUGGCUUAGUAGAUUUACAGUAACAGGACAAUGGCAUCUAAAAUAUCGUGCUGGUGGACAUAUUAAUAAUAAAUACGUAGACAUAGUCAUCUCACGACCUGAUCAUCCGACUAUUGCAUUAGAACUUUUAGCUACAGCAACAAAAGAAGAGUUUAAAGAACACUAUGAAUGGGCAAUCUUAUACGAUAAGAAACUACCUGCAGAUGAAACAUGGGGUCUUAGAGUAGUAUACCUUUGGCACGACCUCGAUUUUACAAAAAUCCGUAUUACUGCAUGUUGGUGGGAUACGAAUAAUAAUACGAAGCAUGUUACUGAUGUUGAGGAAAUAAUG